AUGUCUCCAACAUCAUUAAAAACAGAAAACCUUAGUUAUGCCACUACAAAUUGGUUAAGAAAUAAACCAUCUAUUUCUAUUGAUUUUAAAAUAAUUUACGAAAAAUUUUGUCGUUUUUUUAUUCGUUACGCUAGACAUCUCGAAUUAUUGGAGUGUGAAACAAACAACAAGAUAAAUAUUUUUGAACUUGCUGGUGCCACUUCAAGUCUUUCCAAAUUAAAAUCUUUGGUCGUCAUUGAUCAAGAUUAUCCCACCAGAUUAUUCGUUACUGCUUCUAAAGUUUCAAAAAAUGUUCGAACUCUUGAUAUCACUAUUAAUAAUCAUUUACCAAGAUUUGAUCUGGCUGCAUCUGAAAGAAUUGCAGACAUUACGAGUCUUGUAAGUUCUCAAAAAUCUCUCGAAGAUUUUAUUUUAACAAACGAACAUCCAAAAUGUGGUGAAUGUGGAACUCGCGAUCAAUCCGGCGUUUUAGAUUUUCGAAUAGUUUUUAACUCAUUAAUUAAUCAUACCUUAACUCUAUCACGAAUUAAAUUUGGGUGGAUCGAUUUUCAAGGAGAGUUUCCAUUUUCACAACUAGCCGAAUGUAAAAAUCUUCGAGAAUUAUAUCUUGAUCGAUGUCAAAACUUUGGCACUCAUGAUUACGAAGACAUCGAUUCUACGUCAUUCAGUCAAUUGGUUAAACUCUCAAUAGGUUUGACUCCAUUUCCAGCUUCGAUUCUUUCAAAGGUACUAACGAAUGCUGGUAAAUCGUUAAAAUACCUUCAUUUGGAUCCAAGAUCUCUUUCUCCCAUUAGAACCAUUUUAAAAGACACGAUACAAUUAUGUACUUCAAAUAAUCCAAAUCUUUUAAAAUUUUCAGCUUAUAUUUAUACUUCUGAAAUUUCAAAUCUUCCUAAUUUCUUCUCAACAUGUCAAAAAUUAAUUAGUUUUGAAAUUUGGGAUAUAAACAUUCCAACCGAUAAUGAUUCUCAACAAAUCUCUCGUUUCAAUUCAAUAAAUGUCACGGACGUUGAAUUGAUACUUCCUCUAAUGUCCAAAAAAUUUCCUCCACAUUUAAUCGAAUUUGAGGUUAAUAUGGAUUGGAAAUUUUCUAAUAUUGCAUUGGCAGACUUCAUUAGUAAGAUUGAAACAAGAAUUGAGUUUUUAGGAUUUCGUUAUUGUAAUGAUUUUACGGAAAGUCAUUUUGAAGUUUUGGUGGAUCAUUUAAAACAUCCAUUAAAACUUUUGGAUAUUAGUCAACGGGAAAAUAGGGCUGGCGUCAUAUCACAAAAUUUAAUAAAAAAAUCAAAGGGGAUGAUCAAUCGUGUCUUGGAGUGA